CCCCCAUAGAGGAGCAGAGCGGAAGUGGCUUGUCCACCGCCUUGAUUGUGUCCGCCGCUGACUUCCGGCUACAGCAAGCUUUUUUCACCUUGCGGAGGGAAACGAGGUGUCCAGUGGUGUUUUUACCUUCUUUGAUGAGAAAUGGCUGGAUUGGUCAAUUUCGAAGAUGAAGAGGAAUUGAAAACUUACUUGGAGAAUGUGGGUAUAGAGUAUAGUUUCCAGUGCCACAAGGAGAAAGAUCCUGAAGGUUGUCUACGUCUGGCUGAUUAUCUAGCGGGAAUUAAAAAAGACUUUGAAAGAGCUGCUGAAGUGCUGAAGGAGAAUUGUGAAAAUAAUCUGCACAGUGAGAGCUGUUACAAACUUGGGACUUACUACAUUCAUGGAAAAGGUGGGCUCCCAGCAGAUCUUAAAAGUGCCUGCAGGUGCUUUUUAAAGUCUUGUGAGAAAGGUGGAAAGAAAUCCUUGAAUGCUUGUCAUUUUGCUGCCGAGCUGCUACAGAGCGGUGAAGGAAGUGAUGAUGGGAAGCCGAAUGUACCCCUAGCCAGAGACUAUUACAGUAAAGCUUGUGAUGCAGGAUUUGUCUCCAGCUGUUUUAGCAUUAGUACAAUAUACCUUAAAGGUGCUCCUGGAAUACAAAAGGAUAUGAACCAGGCAUUGAAUUAUUCCACAAAAGCAUGUGACAUGGGUCAUGUGUGGGCUUGUGCUAAUGCUAGCCGAAUGUACAAACUAGGAGAUGGAGUUGAAAAGAAUGACACCAAGGCAGAAGCCCUAAAGAACAAGGCAAAAGAACUGCACAAGGAACAAAACACAGCUUCAGUGUCCUUAACAUUUGGAGAGUGAGCCAAGUUAAAUGAUCUACAGCUUUCUCACAAAUACUAUGAAAGGGUACAGAACCUGGUCUGAAGAUCGGUAGGACUUCAAAAGAUGCAUUCGUUUGAUCAAAUAUCUCUUUUAACAUAUACAAAUUAUUAUUUUGUAAUACAAUAAAAAUCACAUGUUUAGGAUGUUGCUUUAUUGAGGGUAAAUUUAGCAAAUGCAAAAGACAAAGUGCAGUGAUCACAACUAAUAUAUAAACAGCUGUCUGGUGGAACAUAAUUCUUGAGUAGAGUAAAAACAGAAUGAAAUACCCAAAUUUUGUGAAUGAUCCAGAAAUAUAUGGAAAUCAGUUGACUCUUCUGUCUUGAAGGCAUCUGUCUAUCACAGCAAGCCUCUUUAUUAACUGUUCAGAAUGCAGAAAAUGUACUGUUUAGGAAAAGAAGCAAAAGACAUUUGACUGGGACAGAGUAAUGAAAAUCAACAGAGCUUGCUUCUGAGUAGGCACACAGAGAAUCACACUGAAGGUAUCCAUAUGAUCAUAAAAUUGCAGUGUUGGGUCCAGCCUCCUGCCUAUGCAGGAAUACACAACUAUCUAAGCCUCCCUCACAGAUGGAUGAGCAUACUAUCAGAAAUCCAAUUUUGUUAGCUCAAAAAGCAGAUGGUGUUUCCAGAAAAAGCUCAUACCAGUGGUACUCAGAGGGAGAAAAUAAACCCUGCUUUCAAUUAUGUGUUUAAAAAAAAGACAAGACAUACAAGAGGAAGGGAUAGUGAGGGGUGGGGAUGAUAAUCAGUUGGUUCCGGGGUAGUUGUAGCAACUGGUGGCUGUGCUUACCUUUCUUUAUGGUGAUCUUGUCUGGGAAGAAACACUACAACUGAUGUUGCAGCCAUUGUUGUCCUUGCUGGUAAGAGAAUCCAAAAUGUUUCCCUUCAGCUUUGCAGGGGAAAGCAGAAGUGAAGCCACGUCCUCAACCGAAGUCAGACAUCUCAUGACAACUGGCCAAUAGGGAGGGAAAUCAGUCCCUUGUACAUUUUCCCAUGAAAAUUGAAGCUGUCUUUAAAAAGAAGACUGUCUUCUCAUAGCCGUAGAGCAAGAUACAUGGCUAUUCCAUUUGUGAUUGUAGAAAUACAGCCAGCCAACAGUGAUCUGAUUAUGCUUUUGUUUGCGUCAGGAGAUUUGGGAAUGUUUCAAUCAGAUUUGUCAAAACCAUGUCAUGAACAAUUUUGUUUGUGUAUUUUCCACAGAUGACUGCGAAUUAUAUUCUGCUUUCUUGA